AGGGGGAGGGGGAGGCAACGCGAAACAGACAGGAGCAGCGCUCAGAGGCCAUUGCCUGACGUGGAAGGUGUCAGGACGGAGAAACAAACUCCUGAGCAAAGCAACCGGCGAAGGUUCCGUCUGUCGCUUCACGGAACUCGGCAGAAUGAGUCUGGAUAAAGCAAAUUUGUGCGACUCGCUGUUAACCUGGUUGCAGACAUUUCAGGUUCCAUCAUGUGAUGGCAAGCAUGAUCUAACGAGUGGAGUGGCCAUUGCUCACGUACUCCACAGAAUAGAUGCCUCUUGGUUUAAUGAGACGUGGCUUGGCAGGAUCAAGGAGGAGAGCGAGGCCAACUGGCGCCUUAAGGUCAGCAACUUGAAAAAGGUUCUUAAGAGCAUGCUGGAGUAUUACCAUGAUGUGCUUGGUCAGCAGGUGUCCGAUGAGCAUUUACCAGAUGUAAACCUCAUCGGCGAGAUGGGAGAUGUGACUGAGCUGGGCAAGCUGCUCCAGCUGGUUUUGGGUUGUGCUGUCAGUUGUGAAAAGAAACAAGAGCAAAUCCAGCAGAUUAUGACACUUGAGGAAUCUGUCCAGCAUGUUGUGAUGACAGCCAUUCAGGAGCUUUUAGCAAAGGAGCCUUCAUCUGAACCAGGAUGUCCAGAGACUUAUGGGGACUUUGACUUCCAGUCCAGGAAGUAUUAUUUUCUAAGCGAGGAAGCAGGUGAGAAGGAGGACCUGACCCAGCGCUGUAGAGACCUUGAACGUCAGCUGUCACUGGGUGUGGAGGAGAGGUUAUCCUUGCAGGCAGAGAUCACCUCCCUGAGACAGAAGCUUAGCCGCAGUGACUCUCUGGACGCCUCAACCACUGCCAUCACUGGCAAGAAGCUGCUGCUGCUCCAGAGUCAGAUGGAGCAGCUGCAGGAGGAGAAUUACAGGCUGGAGAACAGCAGAGAUGACUUGCGUGUGCGUGCAGAGAUGCUGGAGCGUGAGGUGGCCGACCUGCAGCUGAGGAACGAACAACUGACGAGUCUGGCGCAUGAAGCCCAGGCGCUCAAAGAUGAGAUGGACAUCCUCAGGCACUCGUCUGACCGGGUGAACCAGCUUGAAGCGCUGGUGGACACCUAUAAGAGGAAGCUGGAGGAUCUGGGGGAUCUGCGCAGACAGGUGCGCCUCCUGGAGGAGCGCAACACCGUGUACAUGCAGCGCACCUGCGAGCUGGAGGAGGAGCUGCGGAGGGCCAACGCCAUCCGCAGUCAGCUGGACACCUACAAGAGACAGGCUCAUGAGCUUCACACCAAGCACACAGCAGAGGCCAUGAAGGCUGAGAAGUGGCAGUUUGAGUACAAAAAUCUUAAUGACAAGUAUGAUGCACUGCUGAAGGAGAAAGAGCGUCUGAUUUCAGAAAGGGACUCGCUUCGGGAAGCAAACGAUGAACUCAGGUGUGCACAGGUCCAGCAGGGGUAUCUGAGUGGAACAGGAGACUUGUCUGACAGUGAUGUCACAGUGGGAAACCUUGCUGCAGAGAUCAUGCCUACUGAGCUAAAGGAAACUGUUGUACGUCUGCAGAGUGAAAACAAGAUGCUGUGUGCUCAGGAGGAGAACUACAGACAAAAACUUGUCGAGGUCCAAGCUGAGCUAGAAGAGGCCCAGCGCAGCAAGAAUAGCCUGGAAACUCAGAACAGGUUGAACCAGCAGCAGAUCUCGGAGCUGCGUUCUCAGGUGGAAGAGCUCCAGAAAGCGCUCCAACAGCAGGAUAGCAAGGCUGAGGAUGCCAUUUCAUCCUUAUUGAAGAAAAAGCUGGAGGAGCAUUUGGAGAAACUCAACGAAGCUCACUCAGACCUCCGAAAGAAACGAGAGGUCAUAGAUGACCUGGAGCCUAAAGCUGACAGCAACAUGGCCAAGAAGAUAGAUGAACUCCAGGAGAUCCUCCGGAAGAAGGAUGAGGACAUGAAGCAGAUGGAGCAGCGAUACAAAAGCUACAUGGAGAAAGCCAGAACGGUGAUCAAAACUCUGGAUCCCAAGCAGCCAGCUCCGACUCCUGACAUCCAGUCUUUGAAGAAUCAGCUGACAGAAAAGGAAAGAAAAAUCCAGCAUCUGGAGCAUGAUUAUGAAAAGAGCAGAACCAGACAGAACCAGGAGGAGAAACUCAUUAUUACAGCGUGGUAUAACAUGGGCAUGGCUUUGCAUCAGCAAGUGUCAGGGGAGCGACUGGGGUCUCCCAACGAAGCCAAGUCUUUCCUCGCCCAGCAGAGACAGUCCACCAACGCCAGGCGGGGCCUGAUACGCCACCAACCAAGAUGAGGCAUCCACUCUGGACGGUACUCUGAUAUGAAGCAAAGGGGAAAGAUGAGAUUGUCUUUGAACUCUCUGCACCUCAACUUGAUGCCUUCACUGGACUGCUGCACAUGUUCUCCACUCACAUGCUGCUGCCGCCCCCUGCUGGCUUAAAAUCACAUAAAAUGUUAAUUUUCUCUGAGGAGCCUCAGCUGAGUUGGUACUACUGAAUGGACCAGAUGUGCAUAAAGCAGGCUUUGUCACCUUUUCAGGUGAUUUGUUUCUUCUGUAGCCUCCACAACUCAGUUUUUUUUUAUCUUUUUUUUAUUUAAUAUUAGAGUAAACACAGAAUCAGUUUAAUGUGAUGGAGAAGGGUGUUUGUAGGGAAUUACAUUCACUACUAAAAAAGGCAUAAAGUAGCAAAGUAGAUCGCUAUCGCUACACUUUCUGUCCAAUUCUCUCCUAUCUUUGAGGUUGUAUUUGUUUAAUAUGUUAACAAUGGAAGGAACCUAUAGAAGAGACAGUUAUCAGGAUGUGAUUGGGAUAUAUUUUGUUUUUUUCUGAAAUGUGUUACUCUUAGUAGAACUCUAUAGAGGUUUUAUCAAAUACACUGGAGCACUUUUUUUCUUAGAAAGCUGGAUCUGUUUUUGUGCCUUGUAAAAUACUGCCUUCAUGGAACAGGCUGAUGAUGGAGAUGAUGCAUGUAUCGAUCAACCUCUUCUUCUUUUUUUUUAUCUCUAAUUUAUGUGUCAGAGUUUCCAUUUAUGUUGGUAUGAUUUAGUUUUUUUCUCAAUAGUGCAUUAUUUUUGUUGCGUUUUUCAUUGAAGGUUGAGACAGGGUACCUGGUUGUAUGUAUCUCCUAAAUGCACUCAAUGCUUUGAUCAUGUCAAUCCUUGUUUAACACCAGACAAGAGGCAGGAUUGAUGAACACUACUGAUUGUGAGUCGAUUUAGGGAUGUUUUCUGCUGCUAGGCCUCUUUUACUCUUGAACUAAACUGAACUGGAAGGAAACGUGCGCGUUUUGACAUAAAGCUGGAAUCUUUGCUGUUUUCUGACAGGAAGUGAGUGGCAGAUAAAAGCCACACAUAAGAGCCUGCAACACAGACCACACUGAUCAAACACUAAAUCUGCCUUUUCUUUACCCUUUUUUGAUCUAAUCAUUUUUGCUCCUCCCAUAUGAGAACUGCAGCACUUGUAACUUGACCCUGUAAAUGUUUUGUACCGUUAUGUACGCAGGCCACAAUCCUUUUGUUGUGCACAUUAUUCUACUAUGGGUUCAUUAUUGUAACAGUUAUAGGGUGACGUUGGAGCGCGGCACGUUUGCAUGGUGUGAAGGGGUUAUCUUUUAGCUUGUAUUUGUCAUACUGUGGUCUGGUUGGUAACAUAGUGGGUCUGAGGCAGGUUAAAGAGCUGUAGUCCUUUUUUACUGUUGCACCAGAAAUAAACUGGAUCGGAAGCUGAA